UGCUUCUUUUCCCGAACAGUUACACCUCUCUCUCUCUCUCUCUCUCUCUCUCACACGCGACCCGAUGUGAUGGCCUCCGCUGCCGUCGUGGACCACCUACACCUCGAAGCCCUCCCUCUGAUCGACCUCCGCCUCCUCUCUCAGUCCGAGCUCUACUCGCUCUCCCUCUGCUCCUCCUCUUCUUACUCCUCCAACGAUAACGACGACGUUUUAAUCCCGAAAAUCGACCGCUCCGUCUUCAACGAAUCCGCCGGUAGCCGCAAGCAGACCUACUCUAGGCUCCGCCUCGCUCCUCGCAAGCCCCAAUCCACGCCUACCCCUGCCUCUACCCGCACCCUCACCCUCACCCUCACCCCCACCCCCACCCCCACCCCUACCCCAUUCUUUUCAACUACGCGCCAAAUACCCGAACCGCUCUACGAAGAAAACUCCCAGAUCAUUUCCCUUCUCAAACAACUCUUCGCCGCCCAAGCUCCCACUGCCGAAAAUCCCGCCACCACCGAUGACGACGAUAACCUAGUUACGGUCCCAGUCGAUUUUGAAGAUGCCCUUCCGGAUUGGUCCAGUGCGGGCUUGCAAAAUGUGCCGAUUGACGUUGUUCAUGGUGCUGCUGGAGAGCAGAAGCGGAAGCGGGGGAGGCCACGGAAGAAUGAGAAUUGGAGGAUUGAGCCAAAGACGGAGCGUAAGGCCGAGCCAAAUGUUCCAGUCGCUAUCUUUGUCAGCGGGGGGGAGAACAAGCGAAAGCGCGGGCGACCGCGAAAGGAGGAGAAUCCAAUGAUCGAGAGCCGUCAGUCAGAGAGAGAGGUGGCUGUGGCGGAAGAGAAGGAGAUGGUGAACAAGAAAGGGGAUGUGGCGGACGUGGCUGCAUUGGCAAAUGUGAAAGAUCCGUAUGGCGAGGAGUUGAAGAGGAGGACAGAAGGGUUGCAGACCGAGGCGGAGUUGUUAGGAUUUUUGAGUGCGUUGCCUGGUCAGUCGAUGAAUAGGAGUAGGAGGAGGAGGAUUGUGCUGGCUAGCGAUUUUGGCGACGCAUUGCCUGAGGGGUGGAAGCUUAUGCUUACUGUCAAGAAGAGAGCCAGCCGUGUAUGGCUGCAUUGUCGCCGAUAUAUAAGCCCUAAUGGACGCCAGUUUGUGUCGUGCAAGGAAGUUUCUUCAUACUUGCUUACCUUUUUUGGAAUCCAAGAUGCAAGCCAACCAAGAUCUGGUCAUAUUGAUGAAAAUUUUCAGUUGGCCAGGAAAAUGGAUCUCGGAGAUGAUGCAGCUCUUAAACUUGAAGAUGGAAAGAAUGCUGAUGAUCUUGUUAGCUGUUCACCACCACCCAUGACUUCUAUAUUAACUGAUUCUGCAAAGCAGGACACCUUGAAGACAGGGGAUCCGGGGGUUCAAACUGGGGAAAUUUUAAAAUGCCACAAAUGCACCAUAACAUUUGAUGAGAAGAAUGAUUUAGCACACCAUCUGAUAUCAGCUCCCAAUAAUGCUGCAAAUGGUGUAAUAAUUAAAGAUGGAAAAUAUGAAUGCAAGCUCUGCCAUAAAAUAUUUGAUGAGAGGCAACAAUACAAUGGCCAUUUUGGGGUCCAUGUGCAGAACUAUGUGAAGACCGUUGACACCUCAAGGGCAAAAACUUCCAUUGAAGCCAUUGACGAUCUGAGUUCUGGUUUUUCUCAUGAUUUAAUAAAAGCAGAUGCUGUCAUCAAAACUUGUGGUGAUAUGGAUAGUCAUGCACUUAUUCUUUCAUCUCAUGACAAGGAAACCAUAAAGGCUGACAAAUAUGACCAAGCUUUAGCUGGGGAACAUAGUGAUAAGCAGGAUAAAAUUUGUAACAUGAAUAAUGAUAACUUGGGGAAGGUAGAUGUGGAUACUGUUGUUGUUGAUAGAUGGAAUGCUCGCUCAGUAAAUGAAACUGCUUCUGUUAAUGAGAAUAGAAGUAUUUGUGAAUCUUCUUAUGAAAGAAACCUCCAUAAGUGCAUUCAUAGUGGAAUUAAUUGUAAUGUCGCAGAAAGUAGUUCUGAAAGCAGGUCGCUUGCUCCACCUGGAAACGAGAGAACUUUUGCUGUUGAAAACAAUGUGAUCAAGGUAUCCUUCCCGUCAGUAGAGGAUCCAAAGCCACAGAUAGGUUCUGAAAGUGGUGAAGAUAUUGACGGUCAUACAUUUGAGAAUAAUGAGUCAGUAUCUGCUUUUGGAAAUCAUGACAGUGGGCUCAAGGAUCUUUGUCCUAAUGUCAAGCAGCAAUGUAGGUCUGAAGGCUGUUCACUUUUUCCAUUUAAGAAUGAACACAGAUCAACUUUAGUAAAUAAUUGGAGUGGAAUUUUGAGUUCCUCCAUGUUGGAGUCUGUGCAGGAAAGAGGUUUUGGAAGUGGUUUAUGUAAUUCAUCUGCUGAUGAGAAAACAAGUGUUGUUAGAGGUAAUCUGAAUUCUGUUUUUACUAGCGCAUUGGAUGAGCCUAGAUUUGACGAAGUAAAUAUCUCUGGGAACAAUGCAAUUACAGUUGGUUUUGGGAGUAAUCAUGCUUCACAAAAUGAUAAAGCUGUGACUAGCAGUGAGCAAGAAGGGAGUUCUGGAAGCUGUUUACUCAUUUCAUCUUGCAAUGAACAAUGUGUUGUUGAAAAUAGUGCAAAUAAGAAUCCAACUUCGACACUGGAUGGACCUUUUCGAGGAAAAACAUUUGAAAGCCAUAUGUUUGCUUCAUCUGUUAAUGAGCAAAAAUCUGGUUUUUACAAUAAUAGGAAUAAAGCUUCUAGUGGUGCAGUGGAGGGGCUUAAGCUUGAUGAAGUCAGUAGCCAUAAGAAUCACGAGUUAAAUAUUGCUUUUGACAGGAAUGAAACUGGAGUAGAUGCGGAUAUUACUGCUUGCAGUCAGCAGGAAAGAUGUCUCAAAGGCUCUUUACUUGUUUCAUCUGCAGAUGAGCAUAGAUAUGUUUUAAAAGAUUAUGACAUCUGCAAUAGUACAAUGGGCGAGCUUAAACAGGUAAGAGGAGCGUCUGAAAGGGGUUUACUUGGACAGUCUGGUUACGAACAAAACCAUGAUAAUAUAAAUAAUGUGAAUAGGGUUUCCUGUAGCUCAAUAGAGGAGGCUAGACAUAAGAAAGUUAAGAGCAUUUGGGACACUGAAGUUUUUCUUGCUCUUGGCACCCAGGAAGGAAUGGAUGCAGAUGUGCCAUGCACUAUGCAGGGACAAAGUUCUGAAGGUUGUUCCCUUGUUCUUUCUGGGAAUGAACAAACAUUUUCCGCUGAUAAUAAGGUAACUGAUGUUUAUAGAAGCACAGUGGGGGAGCUUAAACAUGAAAGAGGUUCUAAAAACAGCUUUCCUUGUCCAUCUGCUUUUGACCAAAUUGAAAAUAAGUUGAAUAGGGUCUAUAUGAACAGAGUGUGGGAGUGGCACAGGACAGAAGACAUGGAGAAGCCUAGGGAGGAUGAGUUAAUGAUUGAUUUUGGGGAUCUUGCCCAAUCAAAUGAGGAUUCCAUGGCAGAGCCUAUGUGGAGAACUACUGAACAAAAUAUCCAACAGAGUGGUUUAGCCAAUACUUCAUCUCCACUGGUGCAAUCAUCUGGAUGUUUUCCGCUCUUUGAUGUAAUGUCAAGCAAGGGUGGAGACAAAUUUUUCUGUGCUAAUGAGAGAUUUGACAGAAAAUCAGGUUUGGAAGGGCUAAGAUCAAGUCGGACAGGAAAUCUGGAACACAAUUUCCUGACAUUGCAUGGAAGCUCUCAUACUGAGGAAUCAAAGGUUUUGUCAUAUGAUGUAGAGAUGGGGGGUUUAGAUUCCCCUUAUUGGCUUACAAAGGAAGCUUUGCCUUUGUUGCCAAAGUUAGCGAGCAGACAACAAGUCAGGACUGUGUGUGUCUGGUGCAGAAAUGAAUUUUACCUAGAAUCUGUCAACUCUGAAAUGCAAUCAGGUUCAGUGGGUUUUAUGUGCACAACCUGCAAUGCUAAGUACUCCAGGCAAGCCAAUCUACAGUAGUUGUCAACGAGACCUCUUUACUUCCGUAAGGAUGUGCUUCUCAUAUACCCAACUUCCUGUGAAGAAUAAGAUUUUAGCUACGAGGCAAUGGCAGACACUGGUUGGAAGAUAACAAUGGUAUAUUGAUAGACUUGUCAGUUUACACAUGGUGGUCCUAUGCAAGAGCUUGAUUUUGCUAUUCCGGUAUGGUGCUCUCUUUUGUUUCUUGCUGGAGAUCACUCAACGCAUAAUUCAUUUUUCUGCUUUCCCCAUUGGGUCCAAAUGAUUGUUUAUCAGAAUACUGACGACAGAUUUAUGGGGCUCCUUUUAAUUUGAGGACCCAUCUUUUACCCCUCACAAGAAAGAAAUAGGAUUGCCAACUGUAUGGUGAAUGAUUUUUUUGGCUGACCUGGGGAAAAGUACUUGCAUAACCUUUUUGCUCUUAAAGUGAGCUCUCCAAACUAGCUACUUACAGGACUUCUUUUUUUUCUUUUUUUAUCCUGAGCAUUUGCCAUGGUUCCUUCGCUUGCAGACAUUGCGACUUUCCAACUCACUACUACCUCUGUAAUCUUCAAGAUCAUAUAUGAUCUUCAUAGUGUCGGAGAGAGGAACAGAUCUGGGGAAAUUUGACUUGGAUGACUUCUGGUUUUCCAAGAAAAUAAGAUACUUUUCUUCUAGAGA